AAAUUGAAACAAGUAUCAUCAUUAUUAACAGAUAUUAUUGUGACUUAGUGCUUGAUUAAUUUGGAUUUAUUUUUUAUUUUUUGGAAAUUACGGAAUAAUUUUAAAUUGUGAGCAGCAUUUUAGUAGAAAUAAUCUUGCUUUAUUUCUAAUUUUCAUCCAUAUCCUCACCAAUCGUUAACGGUAACAAUUUAGCACGUAGUUUGUCAACCGGUAGCUCGCGUCCCCCACAAAAGUUGAGAGAUACAUUUCCGAAUAAUGCCAAAGUCUUCUAAUUAAGAGAAAGGUUGGGAAGCGCAGGUUAAGCUAGCGAAAUAUCGUAAUAAAUGCAUCUCGCGGAUUUCUUAAACAUACAAAACUCUAACUCGUAUAAACAUAAACGGAAUUCACUUUCAUCUAAUGCCCGAAGGCCCCUAAAUUUAGAUAAUUACAAAAAAAGAAGAAAAAAUAUAUAAAUUCAGUUGUAAAAGCUGGCGAACCGUCUAUUGGUUACCAUGGCUACUUGACGUAAAUCUUACGUCAUCGAUGUUAGGAACCCACUAACAUCGACACACCAAAACGAAAAAAAGAAAGAAAGAAAGGGGAAAAAAUGAAAGAGGAAGAGAAAGUUAAAAAACAGCAUUAGAAAUUAACAGGGAAGUUAAUUUUAGAUAAAGGUUAACAAGCGCUAAAGGUCGAAGAAAAAGAUUUUGCUAAAUCCAAAGAGGUGUGUGUGUGUGUGUUACAUCGAUCCAGAGAAACACGAACUUCAAUUGUGGCGCGUAUGACGUCCGAAAGACGUCAUCGCGCGUCAUAGUCCCACUCACGAGCCAGCGCAGAACGAUGACGAAUCACAUUGGACGUCGACAAUUCGCUCGAUUCGGUCGUCAAAACUUUUACCAAUAAACAUUAUCUCGUCCGCCAUCGACCAAUACACAUCACUCGAGCAUAUAAAGCAACGUUUAAAGAGCACCUCAUCAUUCAAAACUCCCGGAUAUAAACCGAAAAAACAAUAGGAAACAACACUCAAAACAACAGCAACAACAACGGAAAAAUAUAUGUGUGUGUGUACAUAUAUAUAUUAAUAAUAAUUAUGUUCCUUUCCUGGUCUGCAAAGCAUACCGUAUUUUAGUGUCGUCGACAAUAUGGAGUUACAUACGAGGAGCCAUAAGUGAAGUGUCAUAACGAAACGGUGGGUUCCACACACCAAACCGGUAAGGCCUUUUAAAAGUACUUUUUGGGUACGAGAUUUCUGUAAUGCGCAUGCGCGAGGUGGGAGCACAACAUGGCGGCGGACACGACCAAGAGUGGUGUCUCGACCACAACGUCUGGUCUUGUGCGUGUGGGUUUUUACGAACUGGAGAAAACAAUUGGCAAAGGCAAUUUCGCCAUCGUCAAGUUAGCCACCCAUAUUAUCACAAAAUCAAAGGUAGCCAUAAAAAUAAUAGAUAAAUCACAGUUAGAUGAAGAUAACCUUAAAAAGAUCUUCCGUGAAAUUCAAAUUAUGAAAUUGCUCAAUCAUCCUCAUAUUAUUCGUCUAUAUCAGGUAAUGGAAACUGAACGUAUGAUAUAUCUAGUCACUGAAUAUGCCAGUAAAGGUGAAAUAUUUGAUCAUUUAGUUGCAAAUGGAAGAAUGAUGGAACCAGAAGCUCGAGAAAAAUUUAAACAAAUUGUGGCUGCUGUAAGUUAUUGUCAUAAACGUUGUGUUGUUCAUCGAGAUUUAAAAGCUGAAAAUCUUCUCUUGGAUUCUGAAAUGAAUAUUAAGAUUGCAGAUUUUGGUUUUAGUAAUCAUUUUGAAUCUGGAAUACUCUUAUCUACAUGGUGUGGAAGUCCUCCUUAUGCUGCACCUGAAUUAUUUGAGGGGAGAGAAUAUGAUGGACCAAAAGCUGAUAUAUGGAGUCUAGGAGUGGUAUUAUAUGUUCUAGUAUGUGGAGCGUUACCUUUUGAUGGUAGCACUUUACAGAGUUUGAGAACACGUGUCUUAUCCGGUAAAUUUAGGAUUCCAUAUUUCAUGUCCACAGAAUGUGAACAUUUAAUAAGACACAUGUUGAUAGUCGAUCCUGAAAGGCGACUGACGAUAGAUCAGAUAAUAAAACACAAAUGGAUUCAGCAAGAUGGACCCGAUACAAUAUUUGAUGCAUUGAUUGAAACUUACAGUAUGAAUGGUGGUCCAGAAAAUAACGAGACAAUCAAUGAAUUGGUACUAGAUCACAUGUUAAGGCUUCCUGGAGUAACAAAAGAGAGAAUUAUCGAGUCAGUAAUGGGAAAAUGCUUUGAUCACUACAGUGCUAUCUACCAUUUGUUGUUAGAUAAACUCAAUAGUCAACAGAAAACGCCACUUAUACCACAAAAUCUUCCAGUCACUUCACAAACUCAGAGAAAAUCGAGUAUUACUACAGGAAUAGUAGAGAAAACUGUUCCAUUUGAAGCAGCUGAAGCAGAAUCCAAUAUUGGUCCCGUUCUUACAGUUAGUCCUAUACAUAUGUUACAAUAUGUUUCUGAAAAUCAAGCAUUAGAAAAGUUUGGUGAUAUUGAAUUGGAAUCAGAUGAAGAACCAACACAAGAAUCUGUAUCUCGAUACCAAGUGAUACGUCGUCAUACUGUUGGACCCGGAGAUGUUCAGCAUGAACAAGUUUCUCCGACUGCAGCUGGUGAAUUAUGUGCCAGUAAAUUAAGUCGUCCAUUUCAGCCAAUAUCAUCUUUUUAUCCAGCACCUGUUUUUCCACUUAGUGCUUUGCCAAAUACAAAUCUACCUCAAAAUUUACCACUUGUUCAAAAUCAACCACCACAAAAUUUUACAGUGAAAGAUCAACAUUUGUUAAAGCCGCCACCUGUUAUGGGAGCUAUUGGUGGACUUGGUAGGCGUGCAUCUGACGGUGGAGCAAAUAUUCAAUUAUUCUUUCAACAUCAGUUAAUUCAGGGUCAACUAAGUCAACCAUCCAGUAAUGAGAGAAUAUCACCAGCAAUGCAACAGAUAUCUCCAGUAAGUGCUACUCUACCUCAAGUUCUUCAGGUGUUAGCAGUUCAUGAAGAUGAUGGGGAUAGGGAAGAUUCUUCUGACAGUGGUGCAAUAUCAAGAUAUCUUCAAACAAGAGGACACAGUAAGCGUCACACACUCGCAAUUCCAAGUGCAGAAGAAGUUCAAGAAAUGCAGUGGAAAAUGCAACAACCAUUAAAACAAAGGAGAACAGGUCUUUUAACUGUGAUGGAAAAGCAAUCAGCUAGAGAAUGUUUUAAAGAUUUUAGUAGUUUUCAUUCAUCGUCCGGGAGAUUUUCACCCGUUAGAAGAGCCAGCGACGGUAGUCCCCAAAUUACUCAAUUUAGAGGACAGCUGGAGAGGAUAUAUACACAAACUGUAUCAUCAGCUCAUGAAGAUGAAAGUACAAAUUCAGUAAAAGCAUUACAACAAGAAUAUCAACAACUUCAGCAAAAACACAGUGGAAUUACUGAUACUCAAAUAUGGGCUGAAAUGCAAAGAAGACAUUCUUUACAUAUUCAACAAAUGGCACAUCUUCAACCUGGUCUCAUUACAACUUCAGCAUCUUCACCACCUUCCAUAGCUGGGUCACCAAGUCAUCAGACUCCGCCUAAUUCAGGUUCUCCAGCAGUUCUUACUCAACAUUUACAGAAACUUCAUUUACAAAGAAGAGGGAGUCCUGUGGGAUUUGGUGGACACGAUUCUCCUCUCCAAACAUUUCAACGUGUACAACAGUUAUCAACACCGCAUUGUAGUAGUCCGCCUCCCGUAAUGCCAACUCCUUUUGUUUCGGACGUGUCUACGGGUGCUGUUUCUCCCCCUUAUCCAAGAGGAUCUGGAAUUUCCUCUCCGCAAAACAGGACUUCACCUCCUCCUCAUUAUCCUGAUUCUCCAACUCAUGUUCCAACUGUUUAUCCACGAAUACAGUCAAUUGUCAGUCAGCAUCAUCGGAAUAGUCCUCCACCACCUUUUCAAAAUUUAGGAAUGAUUCAAGAAGAUGCAACUGAACACAUCUCAUUAUCUACUAGUUCUCUAACAACACCUAUGUUAGUAACACAGACUGAUUCCAUAAAGACUAGCGGUUUAGAACAGAAAAAUUUUCCACAAAUUAGUAUUACUGAUGAGACUGGAGAGGUAAGGAUGAGUUCAACACUUCUUUAUCCAGAUACUUUUAUACACGACUCUUAUAAUUCUCCUAUGAUGGGUUUCUCACAACAGUUUGGUAAUGUAGGACAAUUACAAUAUCCUCAAAUUUUAACUUCUCCACAACCAUCGGAACUGAUGGACACUAGCAGUUUAAUGAGCCAAGACGUUGAAAUGUCAAGAAUUGGCCAGUUUCUUCCAUUGUGUGAAGUUACAAGUGAGGAUACUAUUUCUGAUAAAACUCCCUGUAGCCCUAAACAUGCUCAAAGAUGGGUAUCUACCCAAACCACUCGUGAAUCCUAUAUUCAGGCAGAACACUUAAGAAGAACAUUCCCUCCUACUAGUCAUGGAACUUCGGAAAUAAGACCACAAGGAGGUGAAAUAAACUUGGUAUCGAGUCAGCAUGGACUAGGAAGUGAUCCAAGUAGUCUUUCAUGGCAGCAGGGACUUAAAAGUGAAACUGCAACUUUUUCUGAAUUACGAAAAACACCUAGUGGUAGUGUUAGAGUUUCUUUAUCUAGUAAUAUAGAAGGAUCAAUGUGUGUAGAAGAUAUACUUCAAGAAAUUCAGCAGAGGUUAGAUCCUAAGGUUCGUGGUAUGUCACUUUUGUUACAACCAUCUGAGAGAGGUUUGGCCGUUGAACAUCCGGCGGGCGUUCAGAUCGAACUGGAAGUUUGCGAGGGACCAAGACCAGAAGACAGAGGAUUAAAAAUGAGAAGGAUAUCUGGUGAUAGUCUUCAGUAUGACCAACUUUGUCAUGAACUUAUAGCUUGCAUGAAUAUUUGAGAAGAAUUUUUGGCAGUAAUUUGAGUUAGCUUAUUUUUCUCUUUAAGAAGAAGUUGCUUUUGUGACAAAAAGCAAUUUACUGUUUGUGCCAUAUGAUGCACACACACUGAUCUGUUAAUUGUCUCCUACGUUUUGGAGACAAAUGGCUUAAGGUGACUAGUCGAAGAUCCAUCCCAAUACAACCUUUGGCCACCUAUGUGUCAUUUUAUUAUGUGACACAAAUGCAGAAGGGCCAUAAAUGCCUGCACAUUGCUCAUUAUAUACAUGAGAAAGUGUAUUAAGCACUGAGUGUAUAAUAUGUUUUAUAGAAACUUUAAUUUACAAAUAAUUAUAAUUGAAUGAUGUUUAGAAAGGUGAGAUGAAGUUAUUUAUUGCUUAUCAGUUCAAACAUCAAUGUAGAUGCAACCAAUAAUUCACGAUACUCUAAAAUUAUUAAAGAAGAAAGUUGCUGCAAAAAGAAAAAAAUGUGAAUAUUUUAAACAGAUAAAAAAUUAUUCCCAAAGUUAUUUAUAUUUAGUCAAGUUAAAAGGGGGAACCAUAUCACAAUUUUAGGACAAAGCAGCAGCAUUUUAUGUACAAUCUCAUCUUCAGAGUGCAGCUUUCAUUCUACAGAAAUGCACAGGUGCCUUUUUCUCAAUCUUUAACUCCUGUAAGGCUUUGUAGUAGUAAACUGAUUAACUUAAUUACACUAAUUAAAACAAUAUACGAGAACAUUUAUUUACAUAAAAAGAAUUUAAUCUUUGGCUAAUUAACAUAUAGAGAGGGAUAAAAAAGCAAUUAAAUGCAGCCUUGUGUAAAAAAAUUCAUUAGUAAAAUGCAAUGAUCUCAUUUUGAUUUUAUUGACGAAUGUGUAAAUCCCAGGUGGCAGACUAUGCUCAAUUAUUAGGUGUCGAGGUCAGGUGUAAAAAUUAAGUUAAAAAUAUCUGUUGGGAUUUAUUUCAGUUGAAGUAAGAACAUAUGAGUUUCAAUGCAAAUUUAGAGCAAUUAUGUAAGUAAUAUGGCAUGAGUUUCAUGCCCUUUGUAUAUCUUAUGUAUAUAUAUGUUAAACACGGAGUUAAAUCUCGUAUAUUACAUUUAUAGUUAUUUAAGUAGAAUCGGAUGCGUCGGAUUGGAUGAAACUACAAAGCCUCAUAGGAUCUCUAAUUAAAAUGGUAUAAAUUAAAGACAAUUUCUGAAAAAAACAAAAUUAUUUUAAUUAGUUUUUAGCAGAAAUUCAUAAUUUAAAGCAUAUCAGACAGCAUCUUAAGCAAUGGUUGAUUGCAAUAUUCAAAUUUAAGUUUAUGUAAAUAUAUAGCAAGAAAAGAAUUUAAAUGUAUGGUUAGUGAUUAAUAAAUAGGCAUGAAUGUCUCUCCGAGAUUUUGUCAUGCAGAAACUUGCAUCAUGUGAUAGAUUUGACGCAAGUAUUAGCAGCGAUUAGAAAUAAACUAGACAGUAGUUAGUCCUUCAGUAGACACGAAAGUAAUUAAUGAUUAAUAAUAAUAAAUAAUAUUGAUAAUAAUAAUAAUAAUAAUACCCUAUCUUAAUUGGAUGAAAUAUAGGGGUGAAAAUUUGUAAAAAAUAAUAAAAUAAAAUAAUAAAAAUAAACAAAAUGGACUGAUUGGAAAUUAAUAUUUUAUAUAAGUUCCUGCAGAUAUUUUUUGAUUUUUUAGAAUUUUAUUGUGAUGCAAGGGAUAUAUAAAAAAGAUUUUGUGAUUAUAAUCUACAAUCCAAAGUUUUUCUUUAUCUUCAUAAUGUUUUUAUCAAACGUACUUAAACUGGAUGUUAAAAGAACCAAAUGAUGCUGUAUGGAAGCGAGUUCAAACAUUCACCAACUAAAAAAAGAAUCAUCUCCAGUGUUUAAUUUGAUCAGAAUUUUAAUUUUAAGAAUGUCUCAUACCAUGUUUGACUCAGACAAUCUUAUAUACUGUAUGUUUCAAGAUGUUUAAUACAUGUAUACAUGUAUAAAUAUAAAGAAAGGAGGAAAAAAAAAAAAAUAUAUAUAUAUAUGCUAACAUGACCGUUACAUACAGUACAUAAUAUAAUAACCUAAGUGUUAACGUUCUUCUGAAUCUGUGAUAUUCUUUGUGCAGUACAAAUUACUUUUCUUAGUGAUCUUCAUUCUGUUGUUAUUUGUAUAUAUAUUAUCAAUAAGAGUUUUGUGAUUAUCAGCUAUUGUUUAUGUUUGGAGAAUUUGCUCGAAAUUUCAAAAUCAUUUCCUCUCUUAUAGAUAAAAAUAUCAGAAUUACUUCCAUAAGAAAGUGUAUUUAUUAAUUUUUUGAAGUUUAUUAAUUUAAUAUAUCUUAUUAAGUUCGGAAAAUGCAUUUGGAAAUUUCGAGCAAACGACAAAUCUCUAAUUAUAUAUAUUAUAUAUUUUUUAGUUUCAGAAAGCUGGAAUGUCGCGAUUUGAAAUCAUGAACUGUAAACUGUGCCUUUCCUUCUUAUCACUUUGUAAACCUCAGCAAAAAAAUAGAUAUUCUGUAUAUGUUUGUGGAGUGGAUAGAAACAAACAUUCCAAAAAAAAAAAAAGAAAAAAAAUCUUAACUCUCCAGUACUUUCUGUCAUUUUUCUUGACAAUUAUGUGAUGGUAUUGAUUCUUUUUUCCAGGAAGACAAUCCGACUGUGAAGAAUUUAGCACAAAGAAAAUGUUAAAUAGUGGUGUAUCUACCAAAGUAUCUAAAUAAAGAUCAAUCGGAAUAUUAUCUGAUAAGAUUUUUUACUUCACUGAUUUUAUUUUUAACACCUAACUUACAAAUUUAACUUGAAAA